AUGGAAGAGUUAGGGGCAAGUUGUCGCGAUGUACGCACUCGAGAAGUUGGUAUCCAGGAAAUUCACCGGAAGAUCAAGCCCUAUCAGGUACUCCCGGUGUCGUUUACUUCUGUCUGUACAUUAUUGCCAACUGCUUUUGACACCCCUACGCCUGAAUAGGUUUUGGCUGUGAGUCCUUGAGACGCAUGUUAUAAACCGAAAACCGACAGGACAACGGGCUCGUGGCCCGGUGGGUAGAGGCGUGGACUUCUAAACCAACAGGUCGCAAGUUCGAGGCUCGGGUGUUUCACACUUCGGGCUUGAGUAUGGCUGGCUGACGACGGCUAAUAAGCCAGAAAUGGCCAUUCCAGUCCCCCUUGUCUUUGUCGGUAAUGCCAUUCUGCCUAUAUAUCAUGCGCCGCUGUGCGGCUGCUGGUUGGGCUCGAGAGAGAGCCCUUAAGGCACAACGGAGCGGGUGAGUUCCGUAUGAACGAUCGGUGAGCGCCCCCUACCAUUAUAAACCGACUCACAACUUGGCGUCGGGAACCUACACCCGGGCCUCUAACACUACACUGUUUCCACACACUAUUGUCAAAGAACAACUGACGUUAGCUGAACUCUACUCCAGUGUUGGGUGGCGGAACUAAUUUGAAGGGUCUUUCGGCGCAGACUUGUUAACUCUGCAUUGGUUAUGUGUUUGAUGCAAACCCGCAAUAAAAACUAGAUAAAACAUUGCUGUUUGUGUUCAGGACUGCCGAUUAAUUUCGAGGUGUUCCAUCUUCUGUCGUGUUCGUGUAUUUUACUGUCCUCUUCGAAGCUUCUGAGAGAACUGCGAACUACUGUCUUGUCUUCGUGCUCCUCCCUGCCUUUGGAUCAGUAAACGAUCUUGUUUUUUCUAGAUUGAAUUGAUCCGACGAGACUAUGUCGCCAAUGGAGGCUGGGAGACCUUCCUCGCAUACGAAGACCCCACCCAGGAUAUUCUCGUUGGUCUUCUUCGUCUGCGCAAGUGCUCACCAGAAACUUUUAGACCCGAGCUACGGGUCUGCACCGAACCUAAUUCCGAUCCCUUGUGUUCAGUUGUCCGAGAGUUGCACGUUUACGGUAGUGCCGUCCCAGUGGCAUCCAAGGACCCGACCAAAUUCCAACAUCAGGUAAACUAUCUCUAACCAAGCCUCCUAACGUUUUCGUAGCUAAUUUGAAGAGGAUUUCAUACUGACCCCUUAGCAUAGACAAUAUCCAAAUUAUUGUCCUCAGUUUGGCGCGUUUUAUAGGCUCAUAACACGACCAUUUCUUCUUUCAAAGGGUUUCGGGACACUACUUAUGGAGGAGGCGGAGCGCAUCGCCCGAGAAGAGCAUGGCUCCCUGAAACUGGCAGUCAUUUCGGGUGUUGGGACUCGAGAUUACUACCGAAAACUCGGCUAUGAGCUUGAGGGACCCUACAUGGUCAAGGCACUGUAA